AAAGACUGCUAUUGGAUUCUCUUUCUCGUGGUGGGGAUAGCUUGAGGAAAACGCAAGUUUGUUCCUCCUUGCGGUGGUGACAGAUGUGGAGUGGCAGAAGACAAACGAAGCUAAAGGAUUCCGAGAGAGGACAUGCGCAUUCUGUGCCUUGAGCCGUACUGGGCUCCUGCGGAGUUUGCCCGAGGCGGGCGGAGUCAUGGGCUCUGAGUCGGCCCAAUAAGAAGCUUGCUCGAUUCCAUAUGAGGCUAUCGCACGUGCGACCGGCAUGCCCAACCUCGCGGAACUCCGAUGGGCGCCUCCGAAUCCCUUCUCCCGGUACACCACCACCAGCGGAUCGAUGAAAUCACCACCGUCUCCCAAAGGAUCGAGGGCGUGGAUCCCCUCGUGGAGCGCGUCGAGGCGCUCAAAAUCGCCACGCCGCUGCUGACCUCCCCGCCUCCGUCCGAGUCCAGCUUAUCCGACAUUCUUGUCAGGAAACCCUCGUCGUCCUCCUCUUCCACCUCUACUUCAGGUACUUUAAAUCCCAAUGUUCUGUUGGAGCUCUUUUCUAUGUAUCGCGAGUGGCAGGAAGAGAAGGCCAAGAAGAUUAGUAGAAAACAGGAGGAGAUUGAAAACAAGAUAGAAACUGCUGAUGCUUUGGCUGUUAAGCUUUUUCAGCGGUUCAAUUAUUCAGUUUCAGCCAUGAGAUCAACCACUCAGAGUCUUGCUGAAGUGCAGCAAUUACAGGUCGAAGUUGGUGAACUUAAAGGCAGGCUUACGGAGGUGAUUAGCAAUUGCGAUAUGCUAUGCAAAAGAAUUGCAGCAGAAGGACCAGAGUCCCUUCGUUCUUCUCUCAAUCCAAUCUCCACAAGCAAUGCCGAAAUACCAUCCAUUUGUUACUUAAAUAACAAGGUUCCUGAAUAAAUAAGCUUGCAGUUGGUAUCGGAUUUUGUAUAAUCUUCCCAAGUUCAACAUUCCUGUACUCAUGAUGUAAGGUAGACUGUAAUCCACCGCUGGGACAUACACUGUUAAGUCGAGUGAUCUUGCAGAAACAAAUCAAAUCAAGAUUAUAUAGUUUCCUGAGACCGAUAGUGGGUACUUCACUAGAUUCAGUGACAGCCCUCCAUAUAUAUAGACAACCAUAUAAUUUUUGAA